CAGACGUGGAGGCCGGGCCGCCGCCCCGCGCCGCCCCAGCAGAGGGGAACGUGGGGAAGGCCCCGCGCCCCUCCCGCCCUCCGGCCGCCGCCCGCCCCCCGGGGCCCGGGCCGGGGAGGGGGCGCGGUGUGCACGCCUGGAGCCGCCGGAGAUGGCGGGAGGGCACUGCGGCAGCUUCCCCGCGGCGGCGGCUGGCAGCGGCGAGAUCGUGCAGCUCAACGUUGGGGGGACCAGAUUUAGUACCUCAAAACAGACUCUUAUGUGGAUUCCAGAUUCUUUUUUUUCCAGUUUGCUGAGUGGAAGAAUUUCAACACUUCGAGAUGAAACCGGUGCUAUAUUUAUUGAUAGAGAUCCUGCAGCAUUUGCACCUAUUUUAAAUUUUCUUCGGACAAAAGAGCUAGACCUACGGGGAGUGAGCAUCAAUGUUCUCAGGCAUGAAGCUGAGUUUUACGGAAUCACUCCACUAGUGCGCCGGCUCCUGCUGUGCGAGGAACUGGAGCGCUCUUCCUGCGGCAGCGUGCUCUUCCAUGGCUACCUGCCGCCGCCAGGUAUUCCCAGUCGUAAAAUAAACAACACAGCCAGGCCCGCUGCGGACCCAAGGAACGGCCCGAACCCCGCAGAAGGAGAGGCUCGGGCGGGCGGUGCCCUGCCGGCCCGCUCUGGGUCCGCGGAAGAGACAGUCAGGCUAGGGUUUCCGGUGGACCCGCGCAAGGUGCUGAUAGUGGCUGGCCACCACAACUGGAUCGUCGCCGCCUACGCCCAUUUUGCCGUGUGCUACAGGAUCAAGGAGUCCUCGGGGUGGCAGCAGGUGUUCACAAGCCCGUAUCUGGACUGGACUGUGGAACGAGUGGCCCUGAACGCGAAGGUGGUCGGCGGUCCCCACGGAGACAAAGACAAGAUGGUCGCUGUGGCCUCCGAGAGCAGCAUCAUCUUGUGGAGCGUUCAGGAUGGAGGAAGCGGCAGUGAAAUUGGGGUGUUCAGCCUUGGCGUUCCUGUGGACGCCCUCUUCUUCAUCGGGAACCAGCUGGUGGCCACGAGCCAUACAGGCAAAGUGGGGGUGUGGAAUGCUGUCACCCAGCACUGGCAGGUUCAGGAUGUCGUCCCUAUAACCAGUUAUGACACCGCUGGGUCCUUCCUGCUGCUCGGGUGCAACAACGGGUCCAUCUAUUACAUCGAUAUGCAGAAGUUCCCUCUGCGAAUGAAGGAUAACGAUCUUCUUGUAACGGAACUUUAUCACGACCCUUCUAAUGACGCCAUCACAGCGCUGAGUGUUUACCUCACACCCAAAACAAGUGUCAGCGGGAACUGGAUCGAGAUCGCCUACGGCACGAGCUCCGGGGCCGUGCGGGUGAUCGUGCAGCACCCCGAGACGGCGGGGUCGGGCCCCCAGCUCUUCCAGACCUUCACCGUCCACCGCAGCCCCGUCACCAAAAUCAUGCUCUCCGAGCGGCACCUCGUGUCAGUCUGUGCGGACAACAAUCACGUCCGGACGUGGACGGUGACGCGGUUCAGAGGCAUGAUCUCCACCCAGCCCGGGUCCACUCCGCUCGCGUCGUUCAAGAUCCUGUCUCUGGAGGAAGCGGAGAGCCACGGAAGCUACUCCUCGGGAAACGACAUAGGGCCUUUUGGAGAGCGAGACGAUCAACAAGUGUUCAUCCAGAAAGUCGUCCCCAUCACUAACAAGCUGUUUGUGAGACUCUCUUCUACUGGGAAAAGGAUCUGCGAGAUCCAGGCCGUGGACGGCACCACCAUCUCUGCGUUCACGGUGCGGGAGUGCGAGGGCUCCAGCAGGAUGGGCUCGCGGCCCCGGCGCUACCUGUUCACGGGCCACACGAACGGCAGCAUCCAGAUGUGGGACCUGACCACGGCCAUGGACAUGGUCAGCAAGACCGAAGACAAGGACGCCGGGGGCCCGACAGAGGAGGAGCUGCUGAAGCUGCUGGACCAGUGCGACCUGAGCGCCUCGCGCUGCGCCACCCCCAACAUCAGCCCGGCAACCUCCGUGGUCCAGCACAGCCGCCUGCGCGAGUCCAACUCGAGCCUUCAGCUCCAGCACCAGGAGACGGCCCGCGAAGCGGCCACUUACGGGUCCCUGCGGCCUCACCGGGAGAGCCCCCUGUUGGCCAGGGCGAGGCGGACCGAGAGCUUCCACAGCUGUCGGGACUUUCAGGCCCUCAGUCUGAGCAGAGACGGAGACGCAGCUGUCCCCGAGAACGCGGGCUCGGGCCCCGCACAGGCGGAGGCCAGGUGCGCAGCGGGGGAGGGCAGUGGGACUGAGCGGAAGUCCCCGGGAGCAGAGACCAAAGGCGGGAGAGAAUGGGAGAGCGGAAUGGAAGUGCACAGGCUGGCCGAAGCCUUCCUAGAAUCCAGGAAAAGGUCGUCUGAAGACGAAAAUGAAAACAGAGCAGAGUUAAGGCGGAAGGCGGGGUUUGAAGGGGGCGGGUUCCUGGGGAGGAGGAGAGGGCCCCACCUGGCUUCGUCUCCCAGUACCUCCGAUGGAGGCACUGACUCCCCGGGCACCGCAUCCCCCUCUCCCACCAAGACCACGCCAUCCCCUCGCCAUAAGAAGAGUGACUCCUCAGGCCAAGAGUACAGCUUGUGAACGCUCAACCAGAACGAACAGAGUUUUUUUUCCCAUUUAUCUAUGUAUAUUGAUUUUUACAAAGGGGAAAGGAGAGAGAGAAACAUCAAUCAGUUGCCUCUCAUACAUACCCCGACUGGGGAUCAAACCCCCAACCUUUUGGUGUUCGGGCCGGUGCUCUUAACCAGCGGACCAGCCAGCCAGGGCUUUUUUUUUUUUUUUUUUAUACAUGCUUUUUAAUUAAUAUGGGUAUUAAAUAUCUUAGACAAUACUCAUUUUUUAGAGGAGUUCCACGUCAUCCAUCUACAGCGUGAACUUCCGACAGAGGCAAGCUAAGCACCCGCGCAUACAAGUGGAAGGAACGUGCCCCGGGAGGGGGGGGGGCAGCUCACAGAGGAGGCACGAGGUGUUGCAGAGGUUCUGAAGUUUCACACCAAAACCUGACGGAUGAAAACUGGACUUCACCUAAUAUGUUCAACAAAGUUACCUGGAGUAAGGAGAGCAAAAGCUCUAUCCCGUUUGACCUUUUGGAAGAUUUUAUUUUUUUAGGUUUACAAGUAUGUUUAAUGGGCACUUUGUAAAGCAAGAGUCCGUUCCCAUGGGUAGUUGCCCCGGGGAGCUCGGAAAGCGGGGUAGCAAGUACCCCUCUGAACAAGGCGGUGCCCGUUCUGGCGUGGGAACCUACGGAGCACAUUCCUCUUCUUGAUUAUGCCUGAGAUUUGUCUUGCAAGGUUGUCUUAAGCGAAUCACAUAAUUCUCUUUGGAACUUAGUCUCUCAAUCUUUAGUGUGACUGCAAAGUGUUUACCUGAUAUUUAAUGAGGUGCUAUGUGUGUGAAGAAAUACCAUGUAAUUCAAAAACACUAUUGAUGUUGAAUAACAGAUUGUAGAUUGUACUGGUAGCAGUGAGUUCCUUAGGGCAAUUUUAACUCUAGGUCAUCUUCUGAUUCUCAUUGUUUGCG